UUGAAAGUGGAGAGAGACAGUAAGGCUUAUGCGUCUCAGCCUCUCGUCAGGGAAACAUCAUACUUGAUCAUCCUGAAUGUGUUUUUGACUCUUGCAAUGACAUUCGUUUAAUGAAGCGUAAUACAUCAGUACUGGAUACCUUGAGGAAACAUCAUGCAAAAGCUCCGCGGAUCUCGGAGCUGUUUUUCUGUGAAGAAUGUUAUAUUUUUCGUAUCUCCGCUGUAAUAGAAGAUGAAUUAUGCAUUUUGUGCUAACAGUCGCUUGUAAGGUGCGUGAACUCCCAUGACUUGACGGAUUUUUUUUGCGUGACCUGAUGUCCGAUGGAAACAGUGGAUGAAUAAAAUCACCUAUUCCGUCGAUUAGUGGCGUAUAUUUCGUCCCGUCACUUAGUUUAUUUGCACUCAUAUAAGAAUUUGUAACAUUUUGCUGAAAAUCCGAUGGACCGAGCAUCUUCGCAUAAUAAAAUGCGCGCGCAGCUGUAUUAAUGAAGAACUUGUCUCGGUUAAUAAUCACAGAGGGUUUGGAAACUACACAAUGAGACUGAGAUCAUCGAGGAUGGGUUACCUGUUCCUUCAAUUUAUGACUCUAUGUUUUUACACUCAGAUGUCGAUGCAGUCCAUCUCUGUGCCCAAUUUUAAGCACCAUGUAACGGAGCAGAGUCUUCUGUCAGACAGGAUGAGUCGAAGGUUAACAAGGACUUAUCAGCUCUAUAGCCGAACCAGUGGUAAACAUGUUCAAGUCCUGGGCAACAAGAGAGUCAAUGCCAAUGGUGAAGAUGGAGAUAUUCAUGCUAAACUAAUUGUGGAAACUGACACAUUUGGAAGCCGGGUUCGAAUCAGAGGAGCAAAAACAGGAUACUACAUUUGCAUGAACAAGAAAGGCAAGCUUAUUGGGCGGAGGAAGGGCCGUGGCAGGGACUGCAUAUUCACCGAAAUCGUUCUGGAAAAUAACUACACGGCUUUGCAGAAUGCUAAGUACAAAGGCUGGUACAUGGCCUUUACACGCAAGGGCCGACCCAGAAAAGCCACGCAGACCCGGCAGCACCAGCGAGAGGCCCACUUCAUGAAACGUCUUCCUCGAGGACACCUGUUAACAGAACAGAAGCCUUUCGAUUUAAUCCCGUAUCCCCUUAAUAAGAGGACUAAGCACCAUCAGCGCAUGAGCGUGAAUUGAGAAAAGGGAAGCCGGUGACAUGUGCUUAGACAAACACUGUUGGAGCCCCUUUCAUAUCUUAUACUGGAAUGCUAUCUUAAUUUGAGUUGAUCUAAUCUAUGUGCAUCCAGAGUUAUUGGACAUUAUGGCAAACAUUUUGAAAGAGUGGACUCAUGAUUGUUAUAAAGAUCAAGGAAACUGAGCAGACUCUGAGAUGAAUGACUGUACUAGGAACAGUGUGUUCUGGGAAAAUGCCAGUAUAAUGACUGAAGAGACGGAACUGUUGACUGAAUUGAGGGCACUGUAGGCCUUGUAUUAAUGAACAUCAUAUCUCUGGGAAUGAAACAGGACAUUUCACCAACGUGGCAGCUACCUACUGAUGAUCACAAACACAUGCAGACACAUGAUGUUGAAUGAUAUAAUCAAGAAGCAUCUUUAUUGUUUGUACAUUACUAUAUAUUUUUAUUGGAAGAUUCUUAAAAAAUGAUGGAAAUAUUUAUUUUAGAGUGUGUAUUAAAUUCAUUUAAAUGUACUGA